ACAACAGCAAAAAAAAUUGAGAGAGAGAAUAAUCUAGAGUGAGGAGAGAGAGAGAGAGAGCCAUAUAUGGGUUUCUGUUAUUUCAGGUUGUGAUUGUUUGGCGUUUGGAUUUGGUAGGUGAGAAAAAUGGCGACAUCAGUCGACGAUGCCCAAACCCUUGCCGGCGACGAACUCUUCUCCUUUGAACUCCCUGCUCCUCCUGGCUGGAACAAAAAGUUCAUGCCCAAGAAAGCAGGCACCCCUAAGAAGAAUGAGAUCAUAUUCACUGCCCCAACAGGUGAGGAGAUCAUCAACAGAAAACAGUUGGAACAAUACCUGAAAUCACAUCCUGGAAAUCCAGCAAUAUCUGAGUUUGAUUGGGGAACCGGUGAAACCCCAAGGAGGUCAGCCAGGAUCAGUGAGAAAGCAAAGGCAGCUCCAACACUGGAAAGUGAUACUCCGACGAAGAAGCGUAGUCGGAAAUCUUCAGCUUCAAAGAAGGAUGACAAAGAAAAAGAAGUCGCCCCUGAAGAAACAGAGGCUGUGAAAGGAGAUAAAACUGAAGAAAUCAAGAAGCAUGUUGUGAAAGAAAAUCAAGAUGAGCAAAAAGACGAAACCUGUGAUACGGAAGGCAAAGCCGAAGAUGCUCCUGAAGAAGCUAAGCUUGGACAAGACGUUAAAAUGCCCGAUGCUGACGAGAGCAAGGACAGAGAAGCUGAACCAGGAAAUUCAAAAGCGGUUGAGAUUGGGAAAGUGGCUGACAGUUCUGAAGUAACUGGAAAUGAUAAAGGGAAAGCCGAGGAACCAGAAGUUCAAGAAAAGGUGGAGCAAAUACCAGUUGAGGAAAAACCAGAUACACGCAUUGCUGAGGAAAAGACAUGCCAAAUGGAAGGCGAAGUGAAAGAGGGACAGAAAAAUGAGGAACAAAACAAGUCGAUGGACAAUGAGAUAAGCAAGAAAGUCGAGGGCACAGUGAUCGAGAAUGGUGACCAUGGCAACAAGGCUGGUGAGUCCAAGCCUUGAGUGACAAUACAAAUUAACUUGGUGCUGGUUCACUCACUUCUCUUUCUGACUUUUGUAGGUUUCUGGGUUACUUCAGAUGACUGUAGUACUAUUGUUGUUGUUUAUGAUAGAAUUCUGAUUGUUCAAAUUAAGACAUAUAUAUAUGUAUGUAUGUAUGUACGUAAAAUCAUAGAUGAGGUCUUCUAUGUAAGCAGCUUUUGUAACAUUAUUACUAUCUUAAGGCAUAGAUUAGAGCUUCAAUGCUUGCUUUCUUAGUUGCAUUGAAGGAACUUGUAGCUCGUAACAAUCUAUGCAACAUGUGAGUGUUAAAACUGUUGUUGUAAUAAGUGCUUAUGCAUUAAGUUACUGAUGUUAUGAGCUCGAAUUCAUUGUUUGGA